AUGGAUCCGGAGCAGCAGCCGCCGCUUCAGCCGGCCCCCCAGGGCCAAAGGCAGCCGCCCGCGCAGAACACCCAGGAGCAGGCCCCGCCGUCCGGGCUGGAGCAGCCGGCGCCCUCGGCUUCCAAGGAGGCGCCACAGGCACCAUUCGCGGGGCACCAGAUCGUGUGUGUCCAGGGGGACUCGGAGAGCGACCUGGAGGCCCUCUUCAACGCGGUCAUCAACCCGAAGACGGCCAACGUGCCGCAGACCGUGCCCAUGAGGCUCCGGAAGCUGCCUGACUCCUUCUUCAAGCCGCCGGAGCCCAAAUCCUGCUCCCCACAGGCCAGUAUGGAUGCAGGCACUGCAGAAGACUUGACUCCACAGCAUGUUCGAGCUCAUUCCUCUCCGGCGUCCCUGAAGUUGGAAGCCGCUUCUCCUGGGACGCUGACCCCCACCGGAGUAGUCUCUGACCCCGCAACCACAUCUACAGCUCAACAUCUUCUGCAGUCUUCUUUGGAGAUACCUGAUGAUGUACCUCUGCCAGCAGGCUGGGAGAUAGCGGAGACAUCUGCUGGUCAGAAAUACUUCUUAAAUCACACCGAUCACACAACAUCAUGGCAGGACCCCAGGGAGGCCAUGCUCUUGCAGAUGAACGCUACAGCCUCCACCAGUCCACCAGCGCAGCAGAAUAUGAUGAACUCAGCUUCAGGUCCUCUUCCUGAUGGAUGGGAACAAGCCGUGACUCAGGAUGGAGAAAUUUACUAUAUAAACUAUAAGAACAUGACCGCCCCUUGGCUAGACCCAAGUCUUGACCCUCGUUUUGGUAAAGCCGUGAACCAGAGAAUCAGUCAGAGUGCUCCAGAUGAACAGCCACCUCCCCUGACUCCCCAGAGCCCGCAGGCAGACGUUAUGGGUGGCAGCACCUCCAACCAGCAGCAACAGAUGCGGCUCCAACUGCAGAUGGAAGAAGAGCUCCUGCGCCUGAAGCAACAAGAACUGCUCUGGCAGGAAGUAGCUCUCCAUGGCCAUUUGCCAACACUGGAGCAGGAUAGUGGGACUCAAACUCCAGUGUCUUCUCCCAGGAUGUUUCAGGAACUGAGAACAAUGACGGCCAACAGCUUCAAUCUUCUUUUUAAUGGUGGCGCCCAUCACUCUCGAGAUGAGAGUACAGACAGUGGACUAAGCGUGAGCAGCUGCGGUGUCCCUCGAACCCCAGAAGACAUACUCAACAGCGUUGAUGAAAUGGAUACAGAUGACAGCGUUAACCAAAACACCCUGCUGACACUGCAGAACCAUUUAAACGACUACCUUGAAAGCAUUCCUGGGACCAGUGUGGACCUUGGAAUGGCUGUAGCACUGGAGGGAGAUGAAAUGUACCUAGAAGGAGAGGAGUUGAUGCCAAAUAUUCAGGAAGCUUUCAAUUCUGACAUCCUUAAUGACAUGGAGUCUGUUUUGGCUGCAGCCAAGCUAGACAAAGACAGUUUUCUUACAUGGUUAUAG